ACAUGGUGUGCAAGUAGUGACAUCAAAGACAAGAGGUGUCUGGUGGAAAAUAGGAAGCUCAUCGAGACGCAAAUGGAAAGGUUUAAAGUAGUUGAAAGGGAAACCAAGACAAAGGCAUAUUCAAAAGAAGGAUUAGGAGCUGCUGCGAAGCUGAACCCAGCAGCUAAGGAAAAGUCGGAAAUGACAAACUGGCUUUCGCAAACCAUUGACAACUUGAAUAUUCAACUGGAUCAGUUUGAAAGUAAUGUUGAAAAGCUAACAUCAAAGAAAAAGAAGAUGGAUAAAGAUAAACAAGACCGAUUUGAGGAACUAAAGGGAUAUAUGGACAAGCACAAAUUCCAUAUAAAGCAAUUAGAAACCAUUCUUCGUAUGGUUGAUAAUGACGCAAUCCCACUGGAUCAGAUAAAGAAAAUCAAAGAUGAUGUAGAGUAUUAUGUCGAGUUUAACCAGGAACCCGAUUUUGAAGAAAAUGAAUUUCUUUACGAUGAUUUGGAUCUUGAGGAUUUAGGUGCACAAAUGCUUGCAUCUUCACCACCGAAUGAUGAUAUCAACAUGGAAGCAUUAUCAAGUACUCCAACUUCAACAAAUUCAAGUUCACCCUCCCCCAGUCCUAGUCUGAAUCAUUCCAAAGAAAGGUCAGAUGAUGAGAGGAAAAGACACAAAUCACAAAAUGAUGACAGUAUUCGAGCUCUCAGUGCAGAACUAGAACCUAAGUCAGUACCUGUGAUUUCUCCUCCAUCAAUAAACAAUUCAUUGUCAAAUGUUCCUGUCAAUAACAAAGUUCCAUCAACUCCUACAAAGUUAUUCCAGGGGAAUGCUAUGACCAUAGAAAAUUCAAAUAGCAAUCAUCGUCCAAAUUCCACGCCACCACCUCUAACAGGGUUCUCUUCGGUAGCCGCCAGUUCACAACAAAAUAACGGUACAGAUACAAAAAAUCAAGUGAACGCUAUGGACCAUUCAGCUUUAAAUAGUAACUCAACGGUGAACAGCAGUACAUCUUCAGUGACACACUCUAAUUCAAACUCUGUCUCAGUGACUCCUGUAGGAAAUCCCUCCUUAGUGCCCGCCCCGUCACCAUUGUUUACCAAUAACGGCACAACAGUGCCCUUUUCAAUUUCAAUGCCAAUGGUUGUAUCAAAUAGUGUACCAACAAGCAAUUCUCACUCGAGUCAGACAACAAAUGGACCCAUCUCACAUCCGCCCUCCAUGGAGGUGGUUAUGAAUGGACCAAUGAGUUCCGUGGCAUCAGGAUUAAAAGGGAUCAGUGGCAUGGAUGAUGGUAAUUCAGAAUCCAUGUCAUCAUUAAAGUCUAUAGCACAACAAGCAGUGGUAAAUGCGGGUCUAGAGAAUCAGAUACCAACACCUCCUCCUCUGCCAUCAGAAUCCAGAUUGCAAUUUAAUAGUUCCACAUCAUUAACAACAUCAUUACCAACCUCUUCACAAGUGGUGUCACAAAGUACGUCAUUAUCGCCCAGUGAUCAGACGUCACAACAACCGCAAACCACCACCAUACACCUCAACCCACUACUGGGGGUGGCGCCUCUGGGCCCCGUACCCCUCAGUCGAGAAAACUUUUACCAACUACAGAUGUUAGAAGCUGCAUAUCAUCACUUACCCCAUCCCUCGGACUCUGAGAGACAAAGGUCUUUUCUUCCCCGAAACCCUUGUCCGUCGCCCUCCUUUUACCCACAACUGCCCCCACCCCAUGCAGACUCGGUUGAGUUUUUUCAACGACUAUCCACAGAAACACUCUUCUUUAUAUUUUAUUAUAUGGAGGGGACAAAAGCUCAAUAUCUGGCAGCAAAGGCUUUAAAGAAGCAGUCAUGGCGAUUUCACACGAGGUACAUGAUGUGGUUCCAGCGGCAUGAAGAGCCAAAGACAAUAACAGAGGAUUAUGAACAGGGCACAUACAUCUAUUUUGACUAUGAGAAGUGGUGCCAAAGGAAAAAGGAAGGUUUUACAUUUGAAUACCGGUAUCUAGAAGACAGGGACUUGAAUUAAAGCUGAACAAUAAGGAGACAGGUGUCCUUAUGGUCCAUAGUACGAGACGACGAUGGAUUUCCUUGGAUCUGCUGUUACUGCCAUUCUGCCUGUGUAAAUGUUGGAGGAGAAAUGGAGGAAUGCUUGAUCAUUGUUAUCAUCCCUAAAUGUCUGUUUGUGAUGAUGACUCAGACAAACCAGUGGACAGGGUGCUCACCAUUGUUUAAGAGCUUUUGAACAUUGCGAAAUUUAAUAUGCAGGGACAAUAUUUAAAGCCAAUGUUUUGUUUCGCAGCACAUUGUGAUAAAUUAUAUGCCAAGGCAGGGUCCUAGGUUGUGUUUGAUCUCGCAAUAUAUGUUAUGUAUGAGAGGGCACUUGUUUUGUCUUUAAGUCAUUACAGUUAACAAGUGGAUGGUGAUUAAAAGUCAUUUACUCAUUAUGUGUCAGUCAAGGCAUCUACAUGUAUUAUGGUCAUUAGACCUGGGUACUCAAGCCAGCUGUCUUAAGCUUUGCAGUGUGCUCGAUACUCCGUCUGGAAGUUUGACUUUUGAAUCUCACUUUGAUUUUAUUUCUUCAGUUUGUCCAUCAUCAUCCAGAUGGAAAUAAACACUCAAGAAAGAAUUUUUCAGAUUGUUUACAGACUUUCACAUAUAUUGUAAGCAAAGAUUUAAUAUUGAAAACUUUUAAACUUGGAAAGCAUUUUGUUUUCAUUGUGUAUAGUUUACUUGUAAUUAAUUGAAAAGUGCAAAUUUGUUUUUGGAAAAAGUGCAAUCAUUAGUUUUAUUUACAAUAAUUUCUGUACAGAGUUUAGUUAUUUUAAAGAGUUUUAUCCCUUUUCUUUUCAAAAUGAAUUCUGUUCUUAAGUUCACUUUAUUUGUAAAGAAAUGGAUUUCAAUAUUUUAGACAUCUUUAUAUCAACACAAAAUAACUCCAUAAGAAAUGUAAAGGCUUUAUCUGUAAUAUGACUUCUGUCUUAGGGUUAGCGGUAAGGGGUAGGGUGGGGGUUAGAUUUUGGAAAGUUUAUAUUGUCAGAAAGUGUUGAGAAUUUCUGGAAUCCAUCAUCAUUUUCUUCAGGUUAAAUUGUGAGUUGGGAAUAAGAGGGCUGUAAUUCCAGUGUUAAUGAUAUAUCCGUUGUCUGUAGAAUCUGACCAAUCAGGGACUCUGAUUUCAUGUCAUUUAUCAUGUGAUUGAGAACUAUAAAUAGUCAUGAGCUGUGUGAGCCGCUGUUAUUGGAGAUAUUGAUUUUAUUUGUGUGCACAUGAACACUCAGUUUACAUGUCAUAUUUUUGUACAGUAAACUUGUCUAGGAUGCAGGACUGACAUCUCUCCACUAAGAAAUAUUCAGUUGUAUUGUAAUAUAUUCCUCAGUGGAGAGGUUUCAUAUUAAGUUCUGUAUUCUAUGUUGGUAAAAAUGAAGAUGGAAAAAUUUUUCAAAAAAAUUAUUAAAACAUAUGACAAAUGAAAGUUUGUCAAUAAUUUAA